AUGGACAUUGCAAUUUGCGAACACGAACACCGAAGUCCGCGAAAAGUCAAAGGACACCGGGUGUCUCGAGCACCUAUAUCCGAGGAAGACGUGGAGUCGUUCCUAUUGGACGAAGCAGCUCUCGUGAAGGUCAAGUUCGAGGAGUUUCUGAACACGGGUGACAACAGCAUCGGCCAAACCAGCAACAUCGCCUUCGCCGAGCCACAACUCCGCGAACACGAUGACGACUAUCUGAACCCGUCCAAACACAACCAAGGCCCCCUUCCAUCAGAGAAGUUCUGGAAACUCAGAGCUAACGUCAGUAACAUCAGUGCUGCGACGCCCAUCUACGAAGAGGGAUGCGCGUAG